AUGAAGCACCUGUCACUGGCCACGGCCGCGCUCGUUGCCAGCACGCAAGCGGCUCUUGUGUCUGUGAGCAACUUCGGUGAUAACCCGACAGGGCUGCAGAUGUCGAUAUACGUCCCCAACAAGUUAGCCACUAAGCCAGCUGUCAUACUUGCAAUGCACACCUGUGGUGGAACAGGACAGCAGUACUUACAGAUGUCUGGAUAUACCACACUGGCCGACGCUAAGGGAUUUCUUGUUAUAUACCCGACGACAACGCACGAUAAUAAUUGCUGGGAUGUCGCCAGCAAGAAAUCUCUCACGCACGAGGGCGGUGGUGACAGCCAGACUCUCGCCAACAUGAUCCGCUAUACAAUCUCAAAAUACGGCGCUGAUCCGGCCAAGGUCUUCGCUACCGGCUCAUCAUCUGGUUGCAUGAUGACCAAUGUCAUGAUGGCCGUUUAUCCGGACAUAAUCGCAGCUGCUACCUGCUAUUCGGGAGUUGCAGCAGGAUGCCUCGCAGGGAGCCCAGGGUCGAGCCCGUCUACGGCAAAUCCCAACUGUGCAUCUGGCCGUAUUGUCAAGAGUGGCGCCGAGUGGGCUGCCGAAGUUCGCGGAAUGUAUCCAGGAUGGAAUGGCAGCUACCCUCGGUUGGCCACGUGGCACGGACAUGCCGACACGUUCGUGAGCUACCUAAAUCUCCAGGAGCAGAUCAAGGAAUGGAGUACUUUGCUUGAUGUGACGUACGUGAAAAACUUGACGGCGACACCGCAGGCCGGUUACACUGAAAUGGUAUUUGGAGACGGAACAAAGUUUGUGGCGUACUCCGCCGAGGGCGUUGGACACACGGUGCCAGUGCACCCGCAAGAAGACCUGAAGUGGUUUGGUAUUGUGUAA